UCCCCGUUCGCCUAGCCAGGCUGACGCGCGUCCACUCUCCGGAGCACAAGACGUCCCGAAGACCGGGCUCGACGGCAGACAACGCAGCUCAGGACCCCGGAUCGUGGGAAUCAUUCUGCAUCUUCCCCUCUCUUCGUCCCUUUUCGAAUGUUUUUGCGAUCUUUCGACGGAGAAAAGAGGGACUCCAGGUGGCUUUUUCCUCCCUUCGCAAACUUUCCAAACUGCCAUUAGUCUAUCUUCUGAAGCCUGGUCGCUUUCUUUCCGCUGGCAAACCUCGUUUCUGUAUCCACCAUCCACCCCCAGGUUUAAUUCCCCGGGCUGCUCUCUUCUAAAGCCUCUCCGCUGUUGACACCCCCAUUUUCCUUUGCUCUUCCUCCAGGGCAGAGCAUGGUUUCCUUUGAGAAAUUCCUCAAUUCCAUCCUGCACCCACUCAGGUAAACUGUUCCUCCCCACUACCUGCCUCACAGAACCCUCCCCUUUCGUAGAAUCCUUCUCCGCUUUCUCUGGUCUCCUCCAAGGCUCAGCAUUGACACGAUGAAAGAAGUUGGCCAUCAAGUCAACUCCACUGGCAACUCUACUUUUGACAUUGAUGUUCGGUGCCCAGUUAAUAUAGAUUUCACCCAAUGGUUCCUGCCUGCUUUCUACCUCAUUCUCUCUGCCUUGGGUCUUUUGGGGAAUACACUGGGCUUGUGGACUUUAUGCAGAAGUUCAUGGAAGAACAGUUGGAACUCCUUCAACGUGCUAUUGUGUAACUUGGCAAUUGCAGACUUGUUUUAUGUGAUUACACUGCCCUUCUUCGUGUCGUACUAUCAGCUGGGACAUGUGUGGCUCUUUGGCCAAAGCUGGUGCAAGCUAACUCGGCUUUUCUUCCAUGUCAACCUUUAUGCCAGCAUUGGCUUUCUGACCUGCAUCAGUGUCCAUCGUUACCUGCACAUUGUGCAUCCAAUGAAGAUGAUAGGACGAUGUCAGACCCUUGGCUCUGCUGUCUUUCUGAGUGUUUUGGUCUGGCUCUGGGUCAUGAUUCAACUUUCUCCUGAUUUAACGUUUAACAAAAUGGGUCUCAAGCCUGAGAAGUGCCAUGACACAACAGAACACAAAAACGUGGAGUCCUAUCUGUUAUACUUUCAAAUUUUAACAGUGACUGGCUUUGCUAUUCCUUUCUUCAUUGUCACUGGGUGCUAUUGUCAUGUGGUCCUUGUCCUCAGGAGGAACAAAAACAUGGACCCCAGCCUCAAGCAGAAGAGCAUCAAACUGGUGAUUAUGGUAAUGACACUUUUCUACGUGUGUUUCCUCCCGUAUCAUAUCUUUAGGAACCUUAACUUGUUGUCUCGAAGAUGGCAACGUCAGGGAUUUUGCAACCAGACUUUAAAGAAUAUUUAUAUCUUCUACCAAGUGACUCGAGUCUUGGCUAGCCUGAAUAGUGUCUUGAACCCUUUGUUAUACCUGCUGGCCCGUGAGGAUUUAGGGGUGCAGUUGAGGAAGUUUGGUAGAAGCAUGAGACUGAGUCUGAAGAUUUCUUUUGAGGGCAAAGUCCAACCCCAUUUGGAAUUAAGGCAAUCAAAUAUUGUGCUUGAUAAAGAAUGUGAAGAGAUACUAUCUAGUGAACUCUGAAUGAUUGUUUGAAUUUGAAGGAACAUAUAAUACAUGCCUACCGUCUGCAAGACUCCUCCCUCUUUUCCAGCAUUCCUAUCAUUUGAUGGAUGCAGGUAUUAAUAGUUUGAAAACUGGGUUUGGACCACAAUCUAGAAGCACCAUGCAAACGUGCAGAAGAUGUGGAGUGAGAAUGAAUUCAAUGCAAUGGAACAGGCUAUGAAAGAUAAACAAGUAAAUUUAUGGGCCUGUGGUUUUAUUAUUUGCCUGAAUUAAUCUUUAACUCGGAUGAAUAGCCCUGCCCUUAUUACUUUAUUAUAUUUGUAUUUUCCAUGGGAGGUCCUCUGAAGAGGUUGGAAUAUUUAAAAGUUGCUGGAUGGAAAACACCAAAUACAUUAUGUAUAAUAGUACUCCUUUUUCUCUCUGUACGUGUAUGGUGGCAGUGGGAGACCAUACAAGACUCAAACCAGAAGAUUUAUUCAGUUGCCAUUAAUGUAUAUCUAUAUAGCUAUAGCUAUUGCUCUCUAGCUGGCUAGUUAGCAUUUCCAAUGAAAUGUGAAAUGUCUAUUUUUCCUUACUGGGAGCAGGUAGGCAGUGAAAUCUGGAUUGGUUCAAGUUCUGCAAAAUUUAAAAAAAAAACUGUUUUAGGCUGGGAGUGAUGAACUUUGGUAUCUGAUGGCUUGUAUAAAAUUGUAUAAAACGACU